GAGUUCCAGAAUCUCGGGGCAUAGUGAAUGAAAGCACAGCUGCCGACGAUGGGGCUGAGGAGAUGAGGGACGUGCAGGAGGCCAGAGCGAAGGGGCGGUUAGAGGAGUGAAGUAACUUCAAAGAUGUUGGGCAUUGUAGUUGUCGGGAUUGGCAUCGUGGGUAAAGUUCGGAUCCGGGAUCUGCUGAAUCCAUUGCCAUCAAGUGCUGUCGAAAAGCUCAAACCUUUGGGCUUUGUUUCCAGGCAAACGCUGAGCAGUGUCCUGCAGCUGAAGCAGAUUUCAUUGGGGGAAGCUCUCGAAAGCAGUGAAGUGCAGGCUGCCAUCAUCUGCCUGGAGAACCAGCUGCAUGAGGAGUAUGUCAGGAAAUUCCUGGAAGCGGGGAAGCAUGUGUGUGUGGAAUACCCCAUGGCACUGUCAGCUGCUGCUGCCCAUGAACUGUGGGACCUUGCUGCUGCAAAAGGAAAGAUUCUGCACGAGGAGCACAUAGAGCUACUGACAGCAGAUUACAAACAACUGAAGCGGGAAGUGAGUGGGAAAGAGCUGUUGAAGGGAACGCUUCAUUUCACAGGGAGUGCUCUCGAUAAGCAACGCACUGGAUUCCUUGCCUUCAGUGGGAUAGCUCGUAUUUCAUGGCUCGUAGACCUCUUUGGGGAACUCACUGUUACGUCUGCUACAUUGGAAGAGCAACAAAAUGAACGCUACUCAAAGCUGACGGCACAUUUCCAAACUAAAACAAACCGGCCUUUAACCUGGAUUGAAGAGAGAGGACCAGAUUUAAAACGGGGCAAAAAUAUUAAUUUCCAUUUUGAAUGUGGCAUUUUGGAACAUAUACCUGAUGCACCUAAGGAGAAUGUUGGAAUUUUCAUGCAAGAUCUCAAUCUGUUUGCCCAGAAGCUAUUGGGUGAAGUACCCUUGGAGCAUGUCAACUCUGAAAUGAAACAUACCUUGUUCUGUCUGGAUCUGGCAGAGAAGAUCCGAGGAUUCUGUGAAGCAAAUUAACACCAACAAUCGCACUCUAUCCUGUGAAAACAAUAAUGCUUAUUGUUAUAGUUGCUUAGGAGCUUUUUCUUUAGAGCUUGUGUUUGAAAUAGAAUUGAUUCACUUGCUUAUUUCAAAUCUUAUCACCCCUUACAUUAUUAAUAUCCUAACCAAAUGAAUCAGUCUCUGGCAAGCAAUCAGAUGUACAAAGCUGCCUUAUUUCAAUGGGAUUUCAAUUAUUUUUGUUUUAACAUUUGGUGCAACUAAUCAUUCAAGCUGGAGGUAACUGGAAUUAAUUUGAUUGUUUUUAUGCGUGCAAUUUUUCUAAUUUUCACAAUGGUCUAGUAAUUAACUGGAGAGAAAAGUUAUUAAAAAAAGCAUGCCUCCAGAAUUAUUUUUAAGUCUUAUUUCUAAGGCUCUGCAUACUUCUCUGACUGUUGUAGUUUGAAUUCAUCUGACUUUUGCUAUAGUAGCACAAAGUACUGAGUCAGACCUGUCUCUGUUUUCUGUCGCUGUGCUAGACAAUAUGCAUGCUAGGAGACUGAGUUCAUUUCUUUCCAGCAGUAAAUGAGCAUUCUAAAAUCCCCCUCCCCUAAUGCACAAACUGCCUUAAUAGUGAUGCUGAAACUGUUCUGUUCGAUGUUCUGUCGACCCUGAGCUGUCCUUUCUUCCCCACAUCCGCGCCACAACUGGUACUGCCUUCCAUCACCUCCGGAACAUCGCCAGACUACGGCACUACCUCACCCCUCACGCUGCUGAAACUCUGGUCCACGC